AUGGAGCCAGCCCCGGAGAUGAAGAGGACUAGGUUCCCCAGCAUGAACUUUGAAGCAGAGAUUCUGACAGCUCCACAUGAUAAUUCUGAGCUAUAUGUGAUCCCCUCCAUGCGAAGUCUCACAGAUGAGGAGUAUGUAGAGGCCUUUAAGUCAUUUUUGGAUCAUUCAACAGAGCACCAGUGCAUGGACGAGUUCAACAAGGAGGAAAUGCCCAACAUCGUGGCUGGUCUCAGCAAUGGAAAAUCGACUAUAAGUGUUCUGGGCAUUGGAAGUGGCACAGGUGAGCAGGAUUUGAAAAUGAUCAGGAUACUGCAGGCUGUGCACCCAGGGGUCCUUAUUGACAACGAAAUUGUGGAGCCCAACCCACAGCACGUGGCAGCUUACAAAGAAUUGGUGAAUCAAGCUCCAGACCUGCAGAAUGUCUCUUUUAUUUGGCACCAGCUCACUUCCUCGGAGUAUGAACAACAGGUGAAAGACAAAGGGGUACACAAGAAAUUUGACUUCAUCCAUAUGAUCCAGAUGCUGUACCGUGUGGAGGAUAUUCCCAAUACUAUCAAAUUUUUCCACAGCUGCCUCAACCAUCAUGGUAAACUCCUGAUCAUAAUUUUAUCAGACAGUAGUGGAUGGGCCAGCUUGUGGAAGAAGUACAGACACUGCUUGCCUGCCACCGACAGCGGCCACUACAUCACCUGCAACGGCAUCACGGACGUUCUGAAGAGACUCGGGGUCGAGUUCUGUGUCCAUGAGUUCCCCUCGGGCUGGGAUAUCACCAAGUGCUUUAUCGAGGGGGACCCGGCUGGGAGCCUGAUGAUGGAUUUCCUGACAGGGACAAAGAGCUUCCUGGACACCGCCCCCCUGGGGCUGCGGCAGCGCCUGCAGGAGGCUCUCUGCCAGCCCGAGUGCAGCACCAAAAAGGACGGGAGGAUCAUCUUCAGGAACAACUUGAGUAUGAUUGUGGUUGAAUCCUAG